AACAGCAAUGGCGGAGAAGCAGAAACACGAUGGUCGGGUCAAAAUCGGCCAUUACAUCCUGGGCGACACUCUGGGGGUUGGCACUUUCGGCAAAGUGAAGAUGGGAGAACAUCAGCUAACUGGACAUAAGGUUGCAGUUAAAAUCCUGAACAGACAGAAGAUUCGUAAUUUAGAUGUGGUUGGAAAAAUCAAACGAGAAAUUCAAAACUUGAAACUCUUCCGUCAUCCCCACAUUAUCAAACUGUACCAGGUAAUCAGCACUCCAACAGACUUCUUUAUGGUGAUGGAAUAUGUGCCAGGUGGUGAACUUUUUGACUACAUCUGUAAACAUGGAAGGGUGGAGGAAGCAGAAGCUUGUCGUCUCUUUCAGCAGAUUAUUUCAGCUGUUGAUUAUUGUCAUAGACACAUGGUGGUUCAUCGUGAUUUGAAGCCAGAGAAUGUUCUCCUUGAUGCACAAAUGAAUGCCAAGAUAGCUGACUUUGGACUAUCUAACAUGAUGGCUGAUGGGGAAUUUUUACGCACCAGUUGUGGCUCACCAAAUUAUGCUGCUCCAGAGGUUAUCUCAGGCAGGUUGUAUGCAGGCCCAGAGGUGGAUUUUUGGAGUUGUGGUGUGAUUCUUUACGCCUUACUGUGUGGAACAUUGCCUUUUGAUGAUGAGCAUGUGCCAACACUGUUCAAAAAGAUUCGUGGUGGUGUAUUUUAUAUUCCUGAGUAUCUGAACCGCUCAGUUGCUAAUCUUCUCAUGCAUAUGCUACAGGUUGACCCGCUGAAAAGGGCAACCAUUAAAGACAUUAGGGAGCAUGAAUGGUUUAAACAAGAUUUGCCAACUUAUCUGUUUCCAGAGGAUCCUGCGUAUGAUUCCAAUGUCAUAGAUGAAGAUGCGGUGAAGGAAGUUUGUGAAAAGUUUGAAUCUACCGAGUCUGAAGUUAUGAACAGUUUAUAUAGUGGUGACCCACAAGACCAGCUGGCUGUUGCUUACCAUCUUAUUAUUGACAAUCGGAGAAUAAUGACUCAAGCUAGUGAGUUUUACCUGGCAUCAAGCCCCCCGACAGGUUCGUUUAUGGAUGAUAAUGGGUUGCAUAUCCCACCUGGAGUCAAAGCCCAUCCUGAGCGCAUGCCCCCUCUGAUGGCAGACAGCCCAAAGGCACGCUGUCCACUUGAUGCACUCAAUACCACUAAACCCAAACCAAUGGCAUUGAAGAAAGCAAAAUGGCACCUUGGAAUUCGCAGUCAGAGUAAACCAUAUGAUAUAAUGGCAGAAGUCUACAGAGCCAUGCGACAGUUGGAUUAUGAAUGGAAGGUGGUGAAUCCCUACCAUCUGCGUGUGCGUAGAAAGAAUCCAGUGACAGGGAACAAUGUGAAAAUGAGUUUACAGCUGUAUCAAGUUGACAAUCGCAGCUACCUGCUAGAUUUCAUGAGCAUUGAUGACGAUAUUAUGGAACAAAAGUCGGGCUCUUCCACUCCCAAACGUUCAGGAUCCGCAGCUUUGCUGCACAGGCCAAGACUGAGUUCUGAUGCAGCAGCUACUGAUGGUCAGCCACUCACUCCCGUUGGAUCACUGCCCACUUCUCUGACCGGAUGUUUGAGUUCAAUAAAUCCCCGAAGUGGGAGCCAUACAAUGGAUUUCUUUGAGAUGUGUGCUAGCCUUAUUACUACACUGGCUCGUUGACAAAAUAAAAUCAACUUCCUGAUAAUUUAUAGAGCAUCAGCUCUUUAACUUAGAAAAAGAAUUGCAAGAAAACAGCCCUUCCACUUUGUGUGUGUGUCUUGUACUUUGGCACUGGUUAUAGAUCAUGCCAGUUUGCAGUUGGUGCUUUUGUUUCUUUGGUAUUGUAGCGGCGGAAGGUAACAUUUGUGCAUUACCAUUUAGAAACACUGCAGUAAUAUUGUGGAGCUUUAUUAUUGCACCUGUUUUGCAAGCCAAAUUCAAGAUAUUAUACGGGUUUACAAACACAUCUGGAAAGGUGUCGAAAAGCAACAACAUUCAUUUUAAUGCAGUAAUGUGUUACAAAAUUAUAAAUUAUGAAAAAUGUUAAAGAACAGAUAAAGCAUGUUUUUAAUACUUGGCAUAUGAUCAUACGAUGUUUUAGAUAAAUGAUGACUGUGGCAGUUCAUUCUUUGCUGAGGCUGAGUGUGGAUGGAAAUGCUUAUUUCUCUUCAGGUUAGUUGUGGCUAGAAAGCUAUAACAUUAAAACUCUAAUUUUAUAAAUAAUUGAGGUAAAUUAAAUUGAAAUUAAAAUUGAAAUGGCUCAAUUGAAAUCCUCAAAUUACGUUAUAUACAGCUGUUAAGGAUUAUUCUACUGCUGUUUU